AUGAACUUUAAUCCAAAUGAAAGAAGUGGUCGAGGAGAAACGCUUAUUAUUGCAACUGUAAAAUAUAUAUCAGACAUUACAGUUCAGAUCACAUUAUUUAUAGCUUAUGAAAGGAACUAUCAAUUGAGAACAAGUACGAUGAUUAUUAUUUUUCCAUUUUUGAUAAUUUUAUAUUUUAAGAUUCGAUAUUUAAAUUUAUUAGUAAGAGCUGGAUGUGAUGCAUCAGAACCUGAUCUUAAACAUAAAAGAACACCUUUAAUGUUUGCUUGUAUCGCUAAGAAUGAACCACUUGUGCAUUUCUUCAUCGAGUUGAAAGUGGAUCUCAAGCGAUCAGAUCGUUUAGGCAAUACAGCGUUAAUGUAUGCGGCCAUAUUUGGUCAAAAAAGUAUCGUUGCACUAUUGGUAACUUCUCUAACAAAACAGUGGAGCUUUGAUCUGUUUCGAGCAAAAAAUUUGAUGGGAUACACUGCUGAACAGUUGGCUGCUAAAAAUGGCCAUUAUACUUGCGCAAACAUGCUUAAGAAAGAACGAUUGCAAAUGCUGAACCGAAUGCAUCGCCAGCUGGCACUAAUUCAUUUUAGUGCAUCGGUUAAAGGAUGGAACCACUAUGGAGCCAUCUAUAAGAACAAGAAUAAUGUGAAGUCAGAGAAUGAUUUGUAUCGUGAAUCAUAUUACACUAAAGCAGUUAAAAGUGAUUCAGUACAAGAUCUAAUGAAGAAUGCAACUCGCAAGGACAAAUUUCAGCAAGUUCACGAUGGACAGUUCAGUCGGGAAAUCUAUCUGCCGCCACUAAAUUCAGCAGAGUUACGCAGUAUUCAUGUUGUAUCUCAAAUCGUUGAAGACAUUCAUUCGUUAAACAUUUCCUCUAAUGGUUAA